AUGGACCAUGGACCAAUGGCCACGGACAUGGGCGAUCCGAUCCGAGAGGCAGAGGAGUACGUCUCUCGGUCCAUUCAUCCUGCGCCUCCCGGUUCCAUCAUGAGCUUUGUCGCCUGUACCCUCUCGCAGCUGCUCGCCCGUUCUUCCGGCCAGACGGGCGGGAGCGUGCUCCAUGCGAGUGCGGAGCUCGGCCGUUCAAUCCUCUGCGGCCGAGCACUGGACGCCGCCGAUCCGUCUCGGGCCUCUGCUCGUGGGAGGGGGGGCUUCCGAACGUCAUUCGUCGAGGGGCCCUUGGAUGCGCGGCCUCCAUUCACGCCGCAACCUGGCACUGGCCAAGACGCAAGCACUUACCACGCCUUCCAGGCGCCGACUGGCGUUGGUGCCGGCGCUGGAGCGAGCGAUGCGGAUGCUAAUGCAGAUGCCGAUGCCAAUAUUUGUUUCGGACGGAGGGGCAAAGCUCGUACCUUCCUACCUAGUACUUGGCUACGGGCAUUGCGAUACCUGUACCUGACUUUCGUGAACGGGCAAGCACGAUGCAGGCGCGCUUGCACACUUACAACCACAUGCACGGCAGCAAGUACAUGA